GGCAGAUAUCAGUACACAAGUGUUGAGUGAACGAGUGAGACGCGCGUGGCAUCACGUUGAAUCGGAAUUUUUCGUCGAUCCGAGUGAUAACAUUGAAAAUCAUGCAGAUUAAGGACAAAAAGGCGAUUAUUAUUGGUCCAGUGAACCGAUUGGGCAUUGCAUUCUGUCGUGAAUUACUCAGAAAUGGAGCCGGAAGCAUUAUCAUACUGGAUGAUCAACAAAUAGCGGCUAAAAAUGCUGUGGAGGAAAUAAACCAAGAGUUUGGACAGAAAAGAGUCAUCUGGCUUCCCUGUGACAUCUCGAAAAACGAAUUGGAUGCCGCUUUCAAAGAAGCUGUUAGCACUCUUGGAGGACUUGACAUUCUCAUCAAUAAUGUUGAUCUCAUAAAUGAGUCUGACAUUAUGAAAGCAGUGGACGUCAACGUCACCGCCGUCAUUCGAGGAACUCUUCUCGGCAUCCAGCAGAUGGGAAAGGAUCUCGGGGGGAAGGGUGGAAUUGUUGUUAAUGUCGCUUCGGUUCUGGGAUUUGAACCGCUACCCCAAUUACCGAUUUAUUCUACCACAAAACAGGCGGUUAUCAGCUUCAGCAGAUCUUUAGCCCAACCUUAUCACUACCAAAGAACUGGAGUGAAGAUAAUCGUCCUCAGUCCUGGUGUCUCAGGAUCGUCACUGCGAGAGAGCCUGGAGACCCUAGAGGCACCAGCGGGAGCCCUUGGACCCGUAACAGUCCACCCACAGAGGGUGGAGACAGUGGCUCACGGUUUAGUUUACGCAAUUCGUUGUGCCCAGAACGGCAGCAUUUGGGUGAGUGAGGAUGGUCAACCAGUCUAUGAGAUCCAGCCCCCGGAUGUCCUGCCCCAGAAGCAGAACGAAACCGAUCUAUCCGACUUCGAGACUCUCGCCUCUCAAUCGACAUUUUCGAGAGGUUCUUCCUAUCGUCAAGUGCUUCCAAAAGCUACACAAAUUAUUGCAAUGGAAUCUCUGAUCACCAAGAGCCGUCGUGCCUCAGCCGAGGAGAAAGCAAAAGAACUCGAGAUAAUUAAAGGUCUAGUCUGUGGAAAGAACGUGGUAAUCACUGGUGGUGCAGCGGGAUUAGGAUACGCAUUCGUCAAUCAUUUUCUUCAGAAUGGAGCUAAAACCGUUGUUAUCAUUGAUAUUGAUGCCGCCGCUGGUGAACGGGCUGUCAAGGCUGUUGCCAAGUCCUAUGGGGGGAGAAAAAUUAUCUUUCUCCAUGCAGACACAUCAAACUACUCCCAAGUCCUCGAUGCGUUCAAAUAUGUCUCGACGAUUGUGGAUAGCAUCGAUAUUGUCGUUAAUAAUGCGGGGAUUCUGGAUGAGAGGCGAUGGGAACGGGAGAUCGCUGUCAAUAUCGGAGGGAUGAUAACAGUGGCAACGCUUGCGAUGCGUUUCAUGAGCAAAGAUCAAGGUGGCAACGGCGGUGUCCUCGUGAACAUCGCUCAGUACUUCGACUUCACAUGGACCGCUCAGCUGCCAGUCUACACAGCAACCAAAUACGCAAUUAUCGGCCUUUCGCAGUCACUCGGGGCGCCUUAUCAUUACGAGAGAACUGGUGUGCGUGUGAUGGCUCUCUGCCCCGGACUCACCGAGACAGCCCUCACUGUUGACAGUCCCAAUCGGCUUUUAUCGAAAUUUAUGAAGGCUGAUUUUGUUAAAAAUCUUGAGCAAAUGCCCAUUCAAACACCCUUUAUCGUAUCCGAGGGCUUGAUGUCAAUCCUCAAAUGCGGUGACACCGGCAGCAUUUGGGCAGUGGAAAAUGGCAAAACCCCCUUCGAAAUUUCAAUCCCUCACUACAGCACUCAAAAAAGACGUUACAAGAACAACUUGGUCAUCAGCAAUACCGUGGAAAAAGUGCGAGGACGGCCAUUGCGCGAGGUCUGCGACAGUCUUCCAGCUGGACUCACCGGUUGCGCUUAAAAAAUCCUGAAGUCUUUUCGAAUCAUUCCCAAAGAUAAAACACGAAGAAUCCAAAAACUUCUAGUCUUCAUCAAUAUUUUCCUAUGGAAAACAUUCAAGUGAAGGAAGAAUAGGUCUUGUAUUUGUACUGAUAACCCAAGAGACUGCACAAAUUGUAAAUAUUUAUCAUCCAAUACUCUAGAAUUACUAUCAUCAUUGACCAUAAUGUAUAUAAAAAUGUAGAAAUAAUGAACCAAAAAUGAAAAAUAUUUUUUAAAUAAAGAAAAAGA